GCGUGCAGAAUGGAUGUUUUCAUGACCCACAUCGGCUUCGGAGUGUCGAAAGUCCAGCUGAAGGUUGAGCUGGCACGGGUCCUUCAUAGUCCUGAGUAUCGCCACAAUCGAGGGAUCCAGUUCCCAAUGAACCUCGAAGUCGUUAUCCACAGGAAGAAGGGCCAAACUCCUUUCAGAUCGGGUCUUCUAACAGUACCCACUGUGGCCGUCGGAGAACAAUUUCUUCGGGAUUUUGGUGGGCCAACGCCGCCUCGCUCUUUGGUGCUAGGAACAAGGAUUAAGUUUCAGCCUAGCAACAAGCCGCCUCGCUCCCACGUGCUAGAAGAAAUCCGUCGCGUCCCCUACGCAGACCCUCGCGAGGAGGAAGAUAAGCGACGAGUGGCGUCUGAGCUACGAGAGAAGACGAUCGCCCUUCACACCGUCCAGUUUGGAUGGGAGUGUCGUGAUAAUGUUUUCUCUAUCGAGUGGGAGCGCGUCUGCGAUGCUCGAUGCGAUCUUUACUAUCACGACGAGCGUAGGGAGUUUCACAUCAAGCUCUACCAGGGAUACGAGACGAGGAUCAUAUCGAUCAAGGCAUCCCAUAUAAUGUGGACUUCUGCCGGCCUCGACAAGACGACGCGGCCUCCCCUCGCUGUCCUAUUCCUAUCGCUUAAUUAUCCUCCCGCCUACGAAACUGAAUUGUCCCAGAUUGACAUGGCUAUCCAUCGUAUGGAACUCAUGGGAAUCUCGGACAGUUCAGAUAAUCUGGGGGGCGCACCGCUUCUGCUUCCGGGCUCUGCAACGCGCAAUCGCUGGUCGUACUUCGAGGACAGCCAGAUACCCUUCACGCCAUUUGUUUCAACCGCGAUUCGCCUCGCUUGUCGUAAUCCCGAAGACCUCGCGCUUUACCACAACUUAUGCCACCAUGCACACGUGCAAGUAGACGACUAUCUGUAUCCUGUGGAGUACCGCGAGCUUUUUGCGCCCGAUGUGCAGGAGAGCUACAAGGCAUGGGUAAAAGGAUUGCCGUGGAGGGUUGCUUUCCAAGUCGAAGCUCUAGUACGAAGCAUUCUUAUCGACAUGAAGGAGGCUCUGGGCCUACGUGCGAAGAUCUCUCGGAUGCUACGAGCCAAAGGCGAGGCACACGCUGCCCUGUUCCUUCGUCACUUCGCAACCCAGGCGAAGAUGUUUGGGUAUACGGACGACUCCCACAGCCCUACAGAAUCCAUAACAGAUUUGUUCUCUCGUUGCGAGAGAGAAUACGCGCCUGUUAAACGCAAGCGGCUUCGGGGACCUCCCAACCUGGACACUUUCGACUGUCUGCACGUCACUGUCACCCCAACCACCCAUCGUCCCGAAGGACCUUACCCCGAGCGUUCAAACAGGGUCAUGCGAACGUACUCGAACAAUCACGACUGUUUCGUUCGAGUCAACUUCGUGGAUGAGACGGACCUGCAAUUUCGGUUCGACCGUGAGGUUGACGGUCGGGCGUUCAUCAAGCGUCGAGUGGGAGAGGUACUCGCUAACGGGAUAGUUGUCGCCGGACGAUACUUCGAAUUUUUGGCCUACUCGCAGUCAGCGCUGAAGGAGCAUGCCGUCUGGUUCGUGAAGGAAUUUCUUCUUCCGGACGGCACUGUAGUCAACGCGUGCACAAUUAUCGCCGGCCUCGGCGACUUCACUCGUGAUCGUCAGCUCAUCUAUUGUCCAGCUCGUUACGGCGCUCGCAUAUCGCAAGCCUUCACGGCCACCGAUUCUUCUGUCACGGUUGAAGCAGAAGAAGUAAUCGAGGUGCCUGACAUCGAGGAUCCGACCGGGACCUGGUGCUUCACAGACGGUGUCGGUACUAUGUCAGUGCGGCUGGCCCGGGAGAUAUGGAAGGUACUUGCUGCUCGUCGCCGAGGUUCCAGGUGGCAAACGUACCCGCGAGCUCUGCAGAUACGUUUCCAAGGCUCCAAGGGCAUGCUAAGUGUCGACCAUACCCUGUCUGGUCGGGCCAUCUGUUUACGUCCGUCCAUGAUCAAGUUCGAAGCUCUAAAUUCGAAUCAAAUCGAAGUCGCUCGCGCAUUCAAUCGGCCGGGACCGUUCUACCUCAAUCGACCGCUGAUCAUGAUCUUGGAACAUCUUGGUGUGCAGCAUGAGGUCUUCCAGGAUUUGCAAGAUGCGGCUGUCAUGGAUGCACAACAAUCCGUGGAAUCUCUCGAGAAAGCGGCUCGUCUCUUGGAGACAUUCGGUCUGGGAGCUUCAUUCCGCCUGACCUCAGUGUUCCUUAGCCUUCACAAGCUUGCUGUUGGUCCUCUAACCGAAGACAAUUUCUGGCGGAAGAUGAUGGACUUCGCUGUCAAUCACGUCCUCCGAGAGCUGAAGCAUCAUGCCCGUAUUCCAGUCCCAAAUGCCUGGAACCUCGUUGGUGUCGCCGAUGUUCACGGAUACCUCGAGGAACACGAGGUAUUCGGCUGCAUCUAUCCAACAGACGGUACAGGGCCGAUCUACCUUGACGGUCGGGUAUUGGUCACUCGUUCUCCAACGAUUCACCCUGGCGACGUUCAAGUCGUUCAGGGGAUUGGACGUCCGCCGCCUGGCUCGCCGUUCGAAAGGGAAUCACUACGUAACACACUCGUGUUCUCUGUAAAAGGUACUCGUCCUCUACCGUCGUACCUGGGAGGCGGAGAUUUGGAUGGCGACGAAUACCGCGUGACAAUGCUCGAUCCUCUUCUACCGCCAAGGACCUAUCUGCCAGCUAGCUAUACGCCCGCUGAGAAGAAGCUCCUGGAUCGACCGAGUACGAUGAAAGAUGUAGCAGAUUUUGUAAUGGAAUACAUCAACAGCGACGUACGUGUAAAUUCUGUCGAAAGCCUGUUUAAGAAUAAUCGUCCAUCCACCAGACUUUGGGAAUCAUCGCAUCGACAUGGCUUAUUAUUGCGGACCAGAGUUCACUAGGGAUAUUCGACCCGGACUGUUUGACACUAGCUGCGUUACAUUCCGAUGCUGUGGACUACCCCAAGAGCGGUCAGCCCGUUCCCACAUCAAAGAUCCCCAGGCUUAAACUCAAGACCAAGCCGGACUGGAAUGCUCCAGAGACAAUCACCACUGGGAAUGGCGGCAAGUACUAUAGAAGCGAACGCGCUAUCGGCAAGCUCUUCCGCAGCAUCGAUCUUCCCGCCGUAGAGACGAUUCGUCGCGAGCAGAGGUCCCAACGUCGGCGGCUGGGUGAGCAGCAGCAAGCGACUGUAGAGGACAUCAUCUCCGAGUUAAGCGAGGACAUCUACGACGACGAUAGUCCCUUGCACGUCGCGCUUGUCGAGCGAGUUACAGGGUUCAUUACGCUCGGCAGACACGACGAAUUCCUCAUCGCUGAGAUCUGGGAACUCUACCUCAACUACGUCUCGCAGCUGCAGACGAUCUGUGCCGACCAUACGCUGUCCCAUGAACGGGGCGCCAUGCUCACAGAGGAAGAAACCGUCGUCGGCACCAUCAUGGCGAAGUGCUCGCAGCCACGGAAGCGGAAGGACCUCAUGUCGAGGCUGAGAGAGCAAGCAACCACCCUCGUUGACGGUGUUCGAUUCGAUAUGUCGGGCGAGGAGGGAACCCUGCCAGAGAUGUCAAUGGAAAGAGCAUGGGUCGCUUUCCGUAUUGCUUGCAUUGAGGAUGAGGCAUUCGGCGCAAGGAGUUUUGCGUGGAUAGCGAUGGGUGAGAUAUUCGACGCCAUCAGGGUGAUAGAGGAAUCGGAAGGGCUGUUUUGAAUGGGGUGCCGUAUCUAUAAACGAGAUCUUCGCGACCAACAAUCCAAUGUAUGUGUAAUACUAGAUGUAAAGAAACACUAUAAAUACAACCAUGGAAGAGAGAGACCAGGCCACGCGACUAUGACUUUGUCUGACGCUUUUUCUCUUUCUUGAGGUGUAUCCUCUUCUGCUCGAGGUUUUGACGCUGCAAGAUAUAUGUUAGUGACGAAAACGCUCGGAGCAGAUAGUAAAUGCUGACCUCCGCUGCACGCUUCUUCUCGCCGUGCUUCAUGCGUUCGUACAGCUUGCGCUGCUUGUUGCUCAUCAUCAUCUUGUUCAUAUCCUCCUCGGCGACAUCCUCGGGCUCCUCCUCCGCAGUGCGGACUUUCUUACGAGCCUUGCGAGCCUCCUUCUCAAACGCGCCGAAGUCGAUGCCAGCAGCCUCUGCCUCCAGCUCAGCAGCGCGCAGAGCAGCUGCGUCUUCUGCAGUCGCAGCCGCCUUGAGAACUGCCUUUUCCGGGGCGUCCCCCUCGUCCUCCUCACUACCCUCGCUUCCGGCUUCUUCCUCUUCCUCGUCCUGCAUUUCGGCGUUGUCGAUCAAGACGCCAACAAUCGGGUCGUAAGCGUCUGCUCUGUCCUGGAAGGGACUCAGAUGAGGCGGCAGCGUCUUACCCUGGGCAUACGGUUCCUCGAGAAGGAUCUUCCCUGCGUUGAUGCAGUCGACGACCCACUGUGGCUGAACAAACUUUCGCCGUUUUCUCCGUGCGCGUUCCUCCUCGGACUCGUUCUCCUUCACGAUAAGAGGUCGAUCAAUGAUAACGUGAGUAAUUGACUCGUCAUCCUCUUCGAACGGCGAACCAGAGCCAGAAGUUGUCGGCCAACCGAUGCGACCACCGAAGGAGCGUACAAGGAACUCGAAGAUCGGCCGCGACGUCUCUCGUGACAGCAGAAAAGUAUAGAGGGAGAAGAGUUGCGGUGUUUUGGAUUGUGGGAGGGAAGAGAGAGUCUUGAGGGUAGGAAGGGCGGCUGCCUCGUCCGGAUUAGUUUGCGAAGGGUGAGCAACGAAUUCCUCGUCAACUUCGGAGUCGAUAGCAUUGACGUCAUCUUGCAUCUCGACAUCUUUGUCGCUUGAAACUUGGCCAGCGAUGCUCUUGAUCGUCUGCCGCACGUCCGAAGCAGAGAUGCGUUUACCGUCAACCUCGACUUCCUUCACGUUCCUGAGAACAGGUGCCUCGACAGUACGUUUAAUCUCCUGCAGAUUAAACGCGCCAACACCAGCACCACCUUCAUCCUUGCCAGUGUCCAGCGGUGGCGGAUAUACCAGACCUGCAUCCGUAUACAGCUUGAAGAAGACAAACCCGAGCAGGGUCUGGUAGAGUUCCAGGAAAGUCAGCAUCACACGGAUAUCGACGUCAGACGGAACCUGCAGAACAAAAAAUGA